ACCAUGCUAUGAGUCGCUUGAUGAUGGACUUGAGAGAUCAUUCAGUUUCUACCACGUCGCGUUAACAUGGAUAAUAAUCUUUUUAUUGACAAGCAUGGACCUUAACAAACCUAAGGCAAUUUUCGCAUUUUUCCUUGCAAUUUGCUGCGUGAUGGGUGAAUCCCACAAUGAUUCUAACGAGUUGCCUGAAGAGACCUUCAAUACAACCACCACGGACCUUGGUAAUGAAAAGCAGAUAAAGGUCAUUUCACCGGAUGGAGCUCUGCUUGCUACAAUCGCCGUUUUUGAAAUCGAGGGUUACGAAAUUGACAAAACAGUCGACAGAAACAAGUGCUUAUUGAGCAAGGUUUCCGAGAACGCCACAUGUUAUGACGAAGUGCCCGUGGCGGAUAUUGACCUGAUUCCUGACAACAUUGCAGCCUUCUGUAAGGGUCGAGAGAUCCUAAGUCUGGUCCCCACUGACUGCAACAAACAGGCGGAUGCGACCGAUGUUCCAUCUGAUUCCUCAGAUCAUGGCGUUGUUAAGAGAUCCGUUUACAGCACUUGUGGACGCUGGAGCGUUAACUUCCACACUUGCUGUCGGAACUACUGCUGCGGCCUGUUUUGUUGGGGAAGCUGUACGACUUGCACAACAACCAUACUAUGGACAUACCGCACUCUUUCUGGGUAUAUAAGCCCAUUUUAUUGGUAACAAAGAGGACAAAUGUAAUGCUGAACAAGCAUAAGCAUGUGAAUUUUCUGAUAAUAAUACAAACCGCACA